CUCCCUUGCUUGAUUCAAGAUGUCUGCCUCCAGUGCAAGAAAGGGGAAUGGUAAUAAUAAUAGUGAGAGGAAUUUCGAAAAAAGGGAAAAAAGAAGAAGAAUACGCAAGCUUCAAGAAGCCAUUGAUGUAAACAAUAUCCAACUGGUACAGGAAAUACUGGUAGAGAAAUUUGAUGUUGAUUUUCAGUAUAGAGCACACACGUCAUUACAACUAGCAGUCCGAUUAGGAUUUUUUGACAUCUGUCAGUUGUUAAUUAAUGCUGGAGCAGACGUGAAUGCAGCUGAUGUAGAAGCAAAUAGUUUGUUGAUAAUUUCAAGUCAAUUAGGUUAUGAUAACAUAGCAACACUUUUGAUACAACAUAAUGCUAAUACAAAUUUUCAAAAUUCAGAUGGCGAUACUGCACUUAAUAUUUGUGCAUGUGAAGGAAAUACAGCCAUCACCAGUCUUCUAUUGUCAGUUGAAUGUGACAUAAAUAUUUGCAACUAUAGAAUGGAAUCUCCUCUAUAUUCUGCCUGUAGAAAUGGUCAUAUUGAUAUUGUGAAAGUCCUGGUGGCUGAAACAGAAUGUGAUAUCAACUGGGGUUCAAACAGUCAUUACACACCUUUAAUGAUCUCCUGUGAACUCUGUUGUCUAGAAGCUGUUAAAGUUCUUCUAAGUUCAAAUUGUUUGAUAAAUAAGCAGGAUCGUUCAGGGCAAACAGCAUUAUAUAUAGCAUCAGUUAAUGGUUAUAUAGAUAUUAUUAAAGAACUGAUCAAAGCUAAAGCAGAUACAAAUAUAUCAACAGUAAAAGGCAAUACUCCAUUAUUAGGUGCAAUUCGUAAUAAUCAUGUUGAAGUAGUAAAAUUACUGAUAGAGGCAGGAUGUGAUAUAGAUAAAGCUGAUCGUUUAAAACAGACUCCAUUACAUGCUGCAUUAAAACAAGUAUCACAGUAUUUUGAUGCCAAGGAAAGUAAACCUGUUGAACUCGUCAACUUGUUGGUUCAAGCUAAUGUCAAAUUAGAUGUAUUUGACAACCAGGGCUGGUCACCUCUGUAUCAGGCUGGUUUUAGUGGAGAAAAAGAAUUAUGCCGUCUGCUAUAUGAAAAACAGGCACCAAUAGAUGGCGUUACAUUAAAAGGAGAGACACUAUUACAUGGUGCUGUGUUUGGUAAUAAUGAAGAAAUUGUUCAAAUGUUUGUUGAGGCAGGUUGUCCAGUUGAUGUUGUUAAUAAAGAUGGUCAACACCCACUCCAUACAGCUAUUUCAACCAGGAGUAAAUAUGAGAUUAUAAAGGCAUUAAUAGAGGCAGGAUCUAAUCUUAAUUUACCAGAACCUACUCAGAAACAGACACCAUUACAUGAAGCUAUUUGUCAGCAUUAUACAGAAGCUGCUAUUUUACUUAUUGAUUCAGGUUGUGAUUUGAAUGUGGAGAAUGAUAAAAGACAGACACCAUUGUUUAAAGCCUGCGAGAAGGGUAGUAAUAAAGUCGUACAGCAUAUAUUAAAACAACCAGCAUUAAAUAAAAAACCAGCUAAUGCUACCCUAGUUUCACCAUUACAUAUAGCCUGUAAACAAGGUUUUAUACAUAUUGUAGAGAUGUUAGUUGAAGCUGGUUAUGAUAUCGAUAUGCUUAAUUUUGAAGGAUUAUCACCAUUUCAAACUGCUCUUCAAGAAGAUAAGCCAGCUAUAUGUAAAAUUUUGCUCAAUUUUGGUUGUGAUAUUGAUGCUCAUAAUACUAAAAUGAAACACUUGAUGAAAUGUUGUCUAGUUUAUGAUGACCCACAUCCACACUUUUGUCUUGAGCCAUUUUUCUUAGCCAUGACACACAAAAAUAUUGAAAUGAUAAAAAUCAUGAUUCAAAGCUAUGAACAUUUGCCACAUAAAGUUCUUAAACUUUUAGACACAAUUCUGAAGACAACAUCAGAAAUCAAUGUACACUAUAGUGCUAGCAUGAGGCAAGAGUUAGGCAGAUUAUUUCAAAAUGCAAUGAAAAUGCCUAGAUCUCUGUUAACUAUUUGUCGUAAUAAGAUCAGAAGUCAUCUUGGGGCGCCAUUAAAGGAUAAAGUUAGCAAGCUACAAGUUGCUAAUAAGGUGAAGGAUUAUCUAUUAAUGUCAAGUUUGUUAGAUAAAGCACCUGUUGAAGAGUUGUUAUCUGAUGGGUGGUCUUAAUAUUUGUGUUAUUUCUGAUAUAAUAAUAUGUUUUCAUGUUUAUUUAUAUAUUUGCAUUGGGUGAGGUUAUGUUUCUCAUCACUUUGUUAUGUUUGGGUUGAAUAAAGUUCAGUUAGUGACAGGUAACUGCUGAAUGAUUCAACCUAUAAAUGCUGUAUAUUUACAAACAGAUCUUCUAACACUUCUAAAAUUGUGUUUCUCAGCAUUUGACAUUUUGCAUUCACUCAUGUACAAACACACAGAACUAGGAAUCCCUGGGGAUUAGUGUGACUGUCAUUAUUCACUAUUAAUUAAAAGAAGGAUUAGCUUCAACAAAAACAUAAGAUUGAGUUUCAAUAAUGUGGCAACAGUCACACAUUAGUUUUAUAUCAACAUCAACUCGAAACCGACUCAAACUCGACUACAUUUAGAUGAAAUCAACUCUCUACUGGAGAUAAGUGUGUUGGGAUUGGGAACACCAACGUAACACCUGCAUUACUUAACACUAUCACCAGAACUUGACAUUAUUGGGAUAUAUACAGUAAUAAAAUCAACUAGCAAAUACACUUGUCAACAACAUCAAAAGAUUCAGUAUUUGUGUUUGACUUUGAGCAUGAAACUGGACCUCACCCAUUGAAUUGCAUGAACAAAUUAUAUGUGUAAUAUAUUGGUAUCUAUAGAGUAUAAAGGAAAGGUACAGUUGAUGACAUCUCAAAUUUGAUACAUUAUUGAUCGCAUGAAAUCCAGGUGCAGAUUUUGGUGUGUAUUAUAACCAUGAAAUUCAGGUUUGAAUUUUGGUUUGCAUAAUAUUGCAUGAAAUCCAAGUGCAGAUUUUUGUGUGUAUUAUAACUAUUAAAUCUAGGUGCGGAUUUUGGUGUGUAUUAUAUCGCAUGAAACUUGGUGUGUGGAUUUCGGUGUGUAUAUUAUCACAUAAAAAUUGAGGUGCAGAUUUUGGUGUAUAUUAUAAUCAUAAAAUCCAGGUGCGGAUUUUGAUGUGUAUUACAACCACGAAAUCCAGGUGCAGACUUUGAUGUGUAUUAUAUUGCAUGAAAAUGGAGGUGCGGAUUUCGGUGUGUGUAUUAUAUAUCCCAUAAAAAUUGAGGUGCAGAUUUUGGUGUAUAUUAUAACCAUGAAAUUCAGGUGUGAAUUUUGGAGUGCAUGAAAUCCAGCUGCAGAUUUUGGUGUGUAUUAUAACCAUAAAUCCAGGUGCAGAUUUUGAUGUGUAUUAUAUGGCAUGAAAAUUGAGAUUGAGGAUUUUGGUGUGUACUGUAACACUGUUAUAGUAGUGAUAACAGAGAUCAGUUUCGUACCUAUAGGGUUUAUUUACAUCGGGAACAGAAUAUAAAACAGCUACAUAAAUAAAACAGGAACUAAAUUACACCAGGAAUAUAAACAAUAACAUUAACACAGUACAUUAAUAGUUUAAGAUAACCAUUCUGCGGCUGAACUUGGGCGAGUCCAUACACCCGUCUCAGCUCCUCUCUUCCUCCUGUCUCUCUCUUCAUCUUCUCUCCUAACAACAGAAAGCACAGGGUCUUAUAUACCCUCGUAUAGCUGACUGUGAAAAUUCUAUUUAAUCAAGAGCAUUGUCACUACAUGUGGAAAUGUAGUGGACAGUAUAUGUUAUAUCAUAGGUCAAUAACAUGUGGGGUUCAAAUUGGUUCUAUGCAUUAAAUAAAUACUUUACAUAUAAUAUAAUCUUAAUAUGAUACAAUUUAUGGAGCACUUUGUCACAGUAUUAUAUUGCAUGAAAAUUGAGGUGCGAAUUUGAGAGGAGCUCCCACAUUAGCUUGCAUAUAAAGGUUAUAAGUGUAUCAACAAUACUGUUUUUCUCUAGUCAGUGAAUAUCAAUAGAAUAUCCUAGUCUUAUAUUUAUUAUGAAAUAAUUAUACCUGUCGGGAUGUCAUUAUCUACACAAUUGUCAAAAGUAUCACAACAUAAUCUAAUUUGCAAUAGAACUGUUUAUCUAAAUCAUAUUAAUGCUUGUGCAUUUAAGUAUCACUAAUAUCAAGGGUAUUUUUACUUGAAUUGCUUUAAAAUUUUAGACAAACUGAUAUAGCAGUGUACACUGUAGAGUGAGCAUGUGGUAACACUUUUGUGAUUGACAUUUGUGAAAAUACCAUGUUAUAUUUGAGAGGAAUAACAGAUAUACCAUAUUCAGAAUUGAUUGUUUUCAAAGUGCAAUAAGUUUUGAGUUAGUAUAUUUUGUAACUUAAAUAUAAACAGUCUUCCGUCCAUAUGAAAUUAUUUAUUUGAGUUUUGUAUCUUAUUGUUUGAAUAAAAAUAAUACAAAAGAU